UUGAUGUGUGCAGUGUAAUGUGAUAAAAAUGAUGGUCUGACUUCUUAUCGUUAUUUUAAAGUUAUAAGGGAAGAUAACAAUGUCAGUUAGUGACCCUUUAUUAAAAGACCUAAAAGGAUGUGUUUUGGAUUUAAUAAAAGACAAAUCUACCCAAGGCAAAAUAUCUGACGAAAACGAAAAUAUAUCAAAAUUGUAUGUAACCCUAGAAAAAAUCUUCAAUUUUGGUCUUAUAAAACAGCAAAACACCCUGUAUUUAAACAGGACAAUAGACCCCUACUGCUGGUUGAGCAGCUGCAUUAAAGAAAAAAGUGAUAUUAUAACGUACACCUAUAUAAAUUGUGUGGAAAGAGUGAAAGACAGAGGCGGACUAAGAAACAAUCUUGCCAAAUUAAGAUUUUUAAUAAAAGUUUGUCUUGUAAAAAAGUGCCUUCAUGUACCCUUGGAAUUUUUGCUUCGUACCAAUAAAAGUCAACUAUUCUACUUUGGAAACUCCAUUAUUGGGGAUGAAAUACUAUCGGAAAUAUUUUUUUCGGUUUUAUUACAAAUAGGGAAAAUUUAUUUCAAUCUGGAUUUGGAAAAUGUGUCAUUUCUGGACUUAACAUUGGAAGUGCCAAAAUUAUUGAGUUUGGAAUUAGUACCUUGCCGAACGCUCGGUCUAAGUGUGAGUUUUUGUUCUGAUAGAGCUGUUAUAGUGGAUAUCAACUCUUCCGGUGUUGCAGCUGAGACAGAACUAAUAAAAAUUGGCGACGUCCUGGAUAAAUUAAACGGAAAACACGUUACAGCAUCUUCAAAAGGAAAGCUCAAUUCCAUAUUGAGAACCACAAGGACUCAACCAGUGCAUUUGACAAUCAUCAAGGCAUAUCAUGAAGAGAAAAACGAGUUUUUUCAUCCUAUAAGACAAUUUUUAAAGGAGUUAAAAAUUGAUGAGGAGAGAGUCAGGCUUCAGUAUCGACCUAGCGCGAAAGAAGAGGAGAAUGAGGUUAAAAAAAGUUAUGGGUCUGAAGUAUUGUACCUAGGUUUCAUCCCUGUAGGUGAGGAUGGAAGUGUUAAGCAAAUGGACACUGCAAUAAAAGCUUUUCUAGCCAAUAAACCUCAUCAAGAAAACGAAGAAGCAAUAUUACCAACGCGACUAAACAAAAAGGUUUUGUUUGAAAUCGGAGAAAUCGGUGUCAGAUUAAGAGACAUGGAAGCACAAACACUUUUUAGACAACACACUUACAUGGCAAUAUCGGCCUGCGGAGUGGCAAACUCCUUAAAAAACAAUUUUGGAUACAUCACAAGUUCUAAAAAUGAAGUCUGUGAUCAAGCACGAAAUUUUGUGUGUCACGUUUUUUAUUCGGACAAUUUGGAGGAAAUAAACACCAUAUUACAGAGCAUAGGUCAAGGAUUUUAUAGAACUCAUUUUGCGGUAUAAAAGGACUUUUAUUUGUUGUAUUGGUG